UGAGUACUGGUUGAGUAGUGAAACCUUCAAUGGAUUUUGUUUACGUUGUUUUGGUUCAUCGGCGUAUUCGUAUUGUAACACGAAUACACAGCAAUUAAAAUUGAAAUCACUCUCCGAUUUCAAGUUGUUUAUCAAAUCUUUGUGUCCCAUCAGUGACACUUUACUCACUCACGCUCGAUCCUCUUAUUAACUUCUAUCCAGGAUUUUUGAAUCACUUCUUCUCGUCUUAAUCUUGUUUGUUCACGUUACUCCCGUUACUGUGCUCCGUGUUACCCUAACAUCAUCAUUAUUUCUACUUUUUUAACUAGAUUUUCACCUCUUGAUAUUUCAUCUCCAAGAUCAAAUGAGGGCCCUCAUUGUGAGGCAUUUUCUGCAUCAUGGAAACUGAAUCUGUACUUUCCAUUUUGAGUGAUACCAGCGCGAAAGGAAAGAGGUCAAAGAAUCACCGGAAUCACUCGCACCGUGUGAAUAGAAGUGGAAGGUCAAACAAAAGAGAUUAUGAAAUGGCGCCUUUUCAGACAUCUGUAACAUUAGAAGAUUCCCGUGAUGGUCAAGAAGUCAUUGAAGUUCAGAUUUUACCACAGGAUGAAAACUGGGGUGAAAACACAACUGCUGUCACAGGCAACACAUCAGACGUCUCAGGGUCUGUUGAAGAUUCAGUUGUUUGGUUUGGCAAUGAGCCAGACGGAGGAUUUGUAUUUUUAUGUCAUCGAUACAUUGGAACCGUUUCCAAUUAUAUUCUUUCAAUUGCCUCUUUUCUCUCCCCCGUAGCUAUGGUUGUCGCACCUAAAAUUGGUUUCUGGCCUGGAGUAGCCGCAAACUUGAGCCCAUCUCAGAAAAGUAUCUUGCUGGCAUGUGGAGCUGAGUGUAAAACAUUGCUUGUAUCGCUGGUAUUUCGAUUAGUCUUACUGGUCGCAGGAGCAUGGGCUGUAUUUUUCCGCUCUACUGCAACCUUACCAAGGAUUUGUUUAUUCAGAGCUUGUACUUUACUCUUCACAUUACUUGCCCUCCUGGCUUACUGGUUGUUCUAUAUCGUUCAUGUCACAGAAGGUAUGCGAGCAACUGCUGCAGGUGAAGAUGCCGUAGAGUACAGAGCUCUAGUUAACCAUGCUGUCAACCUAGCAAACACGUUAUUGUUCAUUUAUUUUAUUGCUGUCCUACUCAUCGAAAUUAGGCAUUUGCAGCCACAAUUUUAUAUUCGAGUUGUGCGGAGUCCAGACGGAGAAAGUCGGUCCUAUCCUGUUGGUCAGUUCAGUAUUCAACGCGCUGCUGUCCAUAUCUUACAACGUUACUACACAGAGUUUCCAAUUUUCAAUCCUUACUUGGAAAGACUUCCUGUUUCAAAAGCCCGCAGACAAACAUCGACUUUUAAGCUGUAUGAUGUUGAUGGGUUCAACAGUGGGGUGACCGGAAGUAGAACAGUCUUGAGUAGUGGGCGUCGUAGAGACUCAUCUCACAAUGAAAGAUUCUAUGAAGAACAUGAGUAUGAAAGGCGAGUGAAGAAGCGCAGAGCAAGGUUAAUCACAGCUACAGAAGAAGCUUUUACACAUAUCAAACGAAUGCAUCACGAUCCAGUUGGUAGUAUUACAAUGGAUGCCCAUGAAGCAGCUCAAGCAGUGUUUCCCGGUCUAUCUCGGGCGCUCCAAAAGUACCUUCGCGUAACCAGGCAACAACCAAGGUUCACCAUGGAGUCAAUACUAACUCACUUAGCUAACUGCCUCUCACAUGAUCUCUCACCGCGCGCUUUCCUAGACAUGUUCCUUGUCUCCUCGCCAGUUCUACAGAAUGAAAAGGAGCAGAAGCCUGUUCAGACAUGGUCGCUCAUAUGCUCAGAAUUUCUUUCAAGGCCGCUGAAGAAUGGUACCCUGUUUCAGCUGAGACAGAAUGACAUUUCAUUGCUGUGUCACGUCUACACAAUCCCGCACUUCAGUAUCAUGGAAGAAGUCGUUCAUCCGAAGUCCAACCAAUUUGUCCUGCGACUCAACUCAGAAACAUCAGUAUGACCUUCAGCCAUGAACUAUCCGAGUACAGCAUUCUCUCCCAAAACGAUGAGAGUCCACUUCAUGUAGGGGAGAUCAUCUCUACUUUUACGCUGAAGGUUCUGUUCAUCAGUUUAUCAGACAGAAGUUGCUAGCCAACUAAAUUCAGGCUGUGAUACUGUAACCGUACUUGUAGGAAAAUUUUUAUUUGAAAUCAUUAAUGACUAUCAUCAGCUAAUACUCAGGUAUAACUGUAAAAAUUGGGCUCCAAGUUCAAAGUAAGAAGCAGUGUUCCUGGUUGCGCCGCAUACAAAAGUCCGUACUCCGGCUAGGCUUGUGCAAGCCCAAGCCGCUCUGUUUUGGUGAUGUCACACUUAGAGACUUCUUAUGAUAAGGAAAGCAUAUCCCUUUAUACUUUUAGUCCAUAGGUGGUCCCUACUGGUCUAGGGGAAGUCCGAAUGGUACGGAUAUAUCUUGGCGCUUGGGAUCACUGCUAAGAAGGGACUUGUGCAAGUUGUAAAGUAGGAAGAAAUCGCAUCUGUCUGUCAAAUGUGAUUGAUUUGUUCAAGAGCAAUAAUUCCUUGUCUUUAAGAUAGUAAGAGGAAUUUGUAUAGGAAAAUCGAAUGUGUAUGUUAUAAUUGAUAGUGGAAGAUGGUGGUUUGAUGAAGUAGCUUUGCCUCCUCUGUGAGCAACUUUGGGCUAGCUAGUGUGGUUGUUAACACAGUCACUCUCUCUGUACAUAGUAUCUAAUCUGAGAGUUAUGUCAACAUAGGCAGAACUGAGUAUUACAUUUGUUCAGGAAAGUUUUGUGCCAGGAACUGGAAUUCAUAGGAAUGUCCCUGGUACCUCUGUUGAUUCUUCAAAGUGUGCAUGAUCACUUUGCGUACAUGUUCAUAGGCCCUGUCCACACGAGCGCAGGCUUGCGGAACUUAUUCCUCGAACUGCUC